GGCGAAUACCCGGGCGGGAGGACCCCUCCCCUACUCCGGGGACAUGUCCCCGGACCCUCCCGGGCGGGUCCGGACGGUCAUCGGAAGCCUUCCGGAAGGAGCCUGGCGGUGGAUUCGCAUUCUGAUCAUUCUAAAAGUAGCGGUCAGCAAAGCAGUGAUGAACUUCUGGUAGAAGAUUAUCACGAACUUCUUUUAGAAAAGAAUCAUUCACAGUCCAAGUUUGGGAGCUUAAUUUCGUCCGGCAGCUUGCCGAUGCAGUCCGCCCUGGAGCAUUCCAGGGAGCAGACCCCCCUCCUGCAGCCCCACUGUACGCACGCCUCCGUACACACCUGCCGAAGGUCGAGGGGUCGCGAAGAGUCGCGGUCCCGGUCUGCGGAACAGCUGGAAAAGACUGUCGCGAUGCCUGCGGAUGUCCAGAGGACGGACAGCGACGGCAUGGACUCUGGAUUCUCCACUUUUCCCAGGAGCGUGACGCUGGCCAGCGUGGGACAGUGGAGCAACGAGUCUCCCAGGUUCAGGAGGCUGCCCAAAGAUGUUCCCAAUGACAGCGGAAGCUUCUCCAUAGUCGGUUACGACACCCAAGAGGCGUCCAAGCAGUGUCGCUGUGUAAAACUUCCCGUGUCUUCGACGCGUAGCUGUUCUGCAAUUUCUGGAAUCAUGAAAACUUGAAUUUUAUUUUUAAUUUUUUAUUCAUUUUGUUUUGAGUCAACUUAGUCAUCAUCGACCGACGUCUCGAAAAGUCCCGUUCAGGUAACGGGUUUCGACGAUGUCGUCAGACUUUAGAGAGAAAACGGAAAAUGUUUGUGUAUGAAGUAUUCUUAAUAUUUUUUGGACGAGAAUCAAGGAAAAGAGAUAACUUGGCAGCGGUGACUGUGAAUUGUAGUGUUCAGAUGCUGGUGAAACUGGCAUGUUUGUAAAUGUGUUGAAGAUGUGAAAUGUUCUGAUCAUCUAGUA